AUGGCACAGCGUAUUGAUGUGCAUCAUCACUAUAUCCCCCUUCCCUAUUUGCAAGCCUACGCCCGCUUGAUCCUUGACAUGGACCAAAAGAUUUGCAAAGAUUGUGAUAUUGAAACAGCAACUUUAUCCAUGACUGCUCCUGGUACAGGGUUUCUCAAGGGAGCUGAGUCUGCCCAUAUUGCCAGAGAAUGCAAUGAGUUUGGGAAGUCCCUGAGAGACAAACAUCCUAAGAAUCACGGGUUCUUUGCUACGCUGCCGGAUAUUCUUGAUACUGAGGCUACUUUGAAGGAAAUUCAAUGUGCCUUUGAUAAUCUCCAAGCUGAUGGUUUUACCCUCUUUACCAGGUAUGGCAACGGGAAUUAUUAUUUAGGACAUCCUGCGAUUCAGCCUAUAUGGCAAGAACUGAACCGACGUGCUGCGGUGGUAUUUAAUCACCCGACUCUUCCAGUGGAUACCAAUCUUGUCAACAAAAUGCCUCCCCACCCUAUGAUUGAUUAUCCACAUGAAACAACUGGCACAGCUGUUGAUCUUAUAACAACUGAUACUCUGAGAAAGUAUAGCAAUUGCAAGAUUAUCUUGUCUCAUGGUGGUGGAAGUCUGCCUUGGCUGGCCAGACGUCCAGCAAUCAUGCUAAAAGAUCUCAAUCUGUCUACCAUGACACCUGAACAUUUUAUAGAGAAUGCGCGAAUAUUCUACCAUGAUUUGGCCCUGACAGACUCCUUAUUUGCGUUACCUCUCCUGCAGAGGUUUGCUGCUUCUGAUCAUAUUCUUUUUGGAAGUGAUUUCCCGUAUGCCCCUUAG